AUGAAGAAAGUGAUGAUGGAUGGCGGAGGGAAGGGAAGAGUGGCGGAUGUCCAGUUCGAAGAUGAAGGAGGAGAAGUCGUCGGCGUCGGCCCUGUCACCGUCAGAUUCCUCGAAAGAUUCUCUGGGCAUGCUCUGGGUCGGACCGUUUACAGGGAGUCCUCUCCCUUCAGGAAACUAAUCUGGUUUGUGAUCUUCUUAAUCGCUACAGGAUACAUGACCUACCAAAUCGUCGAUACCAUCAAAAUAUACAUGUCUGGCCCGAAGACAACAACAAUCGAGGUGGAGACAGAGCGAACUCUCUCCUUCCCCGCCGUCACCAUCUGCCCCUACAGUCCCCUUUGGAAAGGCCUGGCCAAUGAUCCCUCACAGUCCGACGUCCAGAAGAUCCUUGAAUUGAACAAGAGAUUGGAAGAGGCGGUUCGGCACCUCUUGCAGUCUCAAGGCUCAUGCGCCCAGACGACGACCACUGAUCUGCCUUCACCCGUCGGCUCCGACGUGGGAUGCAAUGUCAGCGACGGAGGGAAGAGGAACUGCAUCAAUCCCUUUCAAUACAUAUACCCGGCAUUUGACGCCCCGAUCCCCAGAAGCCAGAACACGACAGUGCCUACAACGGCAGACCCAACAACGAACCCCGAUGCAACCGAAGCCCCAACGGACGAGACCACCUAUCAGGAUGCGACUCCGGGUUCCACCAAGUCGCUGGACCCAACAAAGGAGCCGGGAAGGAUCGACAUGAAUCACUCAGCGCCUCAGAACUCCUCGGACGAGGAGGACUACUACUACCCGGGCGACCUUCAAGAUGAAUUUGACGACCUUGGGAUCGACAUAAAUCCAUCACCUAAUGCCUCGAUACGAAUCAAUAACGUGACCAUUAGGGCGGACGACUUCGUCGACCUGUUGCUGCUGACCAGCUCUUACACGUUGAGCGACUUCAGAAAGUACCUGAAUUUAGCAGAUGUUGCAAGCAACCUCUCCAACUUCAUACAUCACUGCAGCUUCAAUGACGUACCUUGCAGUCGAGAUGAUUACAUCACGACAACGAACUCAGACUACGGGGAAUGUCUCACCUUCAACUCCAAAGGAGAUAAGCAAGUUCUCCGAUCUGGCUCGUCGCAAGGACUUCAGCUGAGACUGGUGUGGGACGCUUCGAACAACGUGAUUCUCCUCUCCCCCGCUAAAGGAUUCAGACUGACUCUCCACCAUCCUCGAGCGGAACCCGAUCCCGUCGGGGAAGGAUUCGAUGUCAACAUGAAAAUGAAUUCGUUUGUUGGGAUCCGGAAGAUGGAACUGGAACGACUUCAUCCGGAUGAGGGAGGAGAUUGUGCCUACGAUUCCUACUUUACCCGCCAAUUCGAUACGAAGAUCUUCAGGAUUAAAAAAGACGCCAAAUAUUCCAAGCAGCUGUGCCUCGACUUAUGCAAGAUCAAGGUGAUUAGGGAACAUGAUGAAACCAAAUGCUACUUCAAAUCUCCACUUCUGCAAAGCUCUGUGAAUCGAUCUUUCGAGGAAGAAAAGAUGGAUGAUCCCGCACGAUUCGUCUUCCCUAGAGAGGAGAAAUUCUACUGGUCGCUGUCGUCGGCGCAGACGGUGACCGAGAACGCGAUGCUUUUGGAUCUCGUCGCCUGGAUGAGAAGCGAAAGGAAGAGGGGCGUCAAGGGAGCCGAGUCAAAUGAGACCUACUGUCAUCAAUCCAUAGAGGAUAAGAAUCUUGCUAUAGUGAACAUCUACUACGAAACAAUGACAAUGGAGAAAAUCGUGGAAAAUCCCAUGUUUACCUGGACGAGCUUUAUCGGGACGCUGGGAGGGUUGUUGGGUCUCUACACGGGUCUUUCAUUCAUCUCCAUCCUGGAAGUGUUGGAGUGUGGCCUCGACAUCGUCCUCUACGGGUGGAGGAAGCCUCGACACGACAAGAUGGGGCCGAAACGGCUUGUUGUUCUCACUUGGAGAGACACGUUGCAACAAGAAGGAGGAUCCACAAAGAAGAGUCCUGGGGUCGCCUGGGGAGAUUCACCCGUUUACAACCCUCAGUCUUUGAAUGAUACCCGACGUGCUGGAUUCGACCUUGUCUUCUCUGACACACCCAACUUUUAGACUGAUCCACAUCUGAUCCCCAUUGCCUCCAUUUCAUGAUACCAUCCCCACUCUAAUAAAGACACACUAGUUCACCU